GAACGCCUCAAGGGCCUCCUUCGAAAACUCCGCGGAAUCAGCUCUUGCAGGCCUCGGCUCCCCGGGACUUCGCCUUGUACACCGCGCGGCGGCGCGAGGUGCUGCCGCCGACGCCGGAGCAUUCGGGGCACCUGGACAGGACGCUUGGCACGGAUCAGGCGAGGCUGCGCGACUCCUGGAAGCCGAGAGAGCCCAAGGUCGUGGAUCGCAAGGAGUGGACGCCGCGGCGUGGAGAAGCGCGAAGGGAGCUGAAGCCCCCGCGAGAGGAGGAGAUGUUCAGCUCCGUGGGACAGCUGCGCGCCGAGUCGCACAUUGACGUGCAGCAGGGCAGCUUCGCACAGCAGCUGGGGAGCUCCCGCGAAAGUUGCGAUGUUUCAGGAAGUGGACUGCCGGCUGCCCUCUUGUCCCACCGCAGUUCUGUCGGCACUCCGAGGCUCCCGGAGCAGCGGGUGAACCACUCGCAGAGUCGGAUCGAAAGUUUCGCUCAACGAGAGAUCAGCAACUGGGCGCUCGGAGACGACAAGCUCUUGAGAAAGGAUCCUUUUUGCAUGCGGCCGAUGCAGCAGCCCAACAACUCCGGUGUCAAGUACGACAUCAUCACCAACGAGCGUAGCAAGUUCUGGUACUAG